AUUCUUACAAACAUGCUCGAAGGUCAGCGGCGGAUAUAUUUAAGAAGCUCUGCAGUGGCGAUUCUAGGGCAACGACCAACGAAGUAUCACUGUGAAGAACGCUGGAAGCGCAGCGGAGAUCUUAUCAGUAUAGCUAUUAGAUGCAUGUCUUGUGUUGUUUACUCGUCUUGGACUUGUAACUGAUCACUGUGGGCAACAAGCUUCAGCGAAAAUUUUAGUUGGCAAUUCGUGGUGGGAUAGGUCAUAGGUGUAAAGAAGCUCUGGCAGAGAAAGAGCUCCCAAAAGCAGCAAUUGCCGAAGCUCUGGAGGACCAUAGGGAAUUGAUAAAUCAAAAACUAUACACACUCGAACUUCAAUGGGGAGAGGAACUAUAAUGGCAAAUUCUGAAUCUGGGAAAUAUCAAAGCUUUGAGGGAUCUAAUACUGAAAGAAAAUUGAAUUUUAAAUCAAAGAUGGUGAAAGGAAAGAACAGUUUGAAGGGAAGGUCAAAAACAAAGUUUGAAGAGUUCCUUGAAAUGGAUAUGAAAACUACGUCUAUAUCUGCUGAGGAGGAUUUGAAAUUGGAAAGAAAACUUGCUAAGAAACUCAAGGUGAAGGAUGGAAAAUUAAGGGAAGCAGAUGAUGAUAUAGAUAUGCUAAUUCAAGAUAUUUCAUCUGUUCUUGACUCAUCGGGGAAUGAAGCUACUUUGGAUUCUGAAGACUUUCUUUAUGCGAGCCAUGAAAAUCACCCUAUUGUGAAAAAAUGUAAGAGUUCCAAGUCAUUAGAGAAAGAAUCUAAAGGUAACACGAAUGAAAACAUUCUGGAAGGAGUUUAUGAUCCGGAGGAAACCAAUGGUGCACACGUGGUGUUGGAAGAAAUUGGUACCAAGAAGCCUUCACGGAAGAGACGUAGGAAGAGAAAUUUGUUAGACCCAGGGCAAGAAGGCGACCCUUUAAAUGUCGCACUUGAUGGUGAAUCAAACACAGUGAAGACUGUUAUUGAAGGGAUGGCAUCAGGGGAAGCUACUGUCCAUGUGCUUGCAUCUGAUCACGCUACAAAAUAUGUUGCUCCUCACUUGAGAUCUCGUGCUGGAAAUGAAUCAGAAGAGCAGACUCAAAUCCGUCGACGUGUUCGGGGCCUUCUGAACAGGCUGUCGGAAUCUAACAUUGAAUCAGUUACAGCUGAAAUUGCCUCAAUUUUUCAUUCUGUUAGUCGCAGUGUCAGUUCCCAGAUUUUCAGCGAGGAGGUUUUGGCAUCUUGUUCUAAUGGUCCUCGCGGCAAUGAGCAGUAUGCUGCUGUUUUUGCUGCUUUUGUUGCUGGUAUAGCUUGUUCAGUUGGGAUUGACUUCGGUGCAAAGCUUAUUGCUUCACUUGCUACAACUUUUGAGGCCGAGUACCUCAAAGAAGACAAUCUUUCCUUAAGGAAUCUUACUCUUUUGCUGUCCUAUUUAUGCAUAUUUGGAGUUUGCUCAUGCGACUUGAUAUACGAUUUCCUGAUCGUGUUGAGCAAGCGGUUGACAGAAAUUGAUGUCUCUACUAUCCUGACAGUUUUACAGUGCUGUGGAAUGAAAAUAAGAGUUGAUGAUCCUGCUGCCAUGAUAAAUUUCAUUCAGAGCGUUCAGAGUAGGGUGAAUCAGCUGAAGGCAUGCUUUGAAGAAGGGCAGACAAAAAUAAAUGGCAAACGAAUGGAAUUCAUGCUUGAAACCAUUUGUGACAUCAAAAACAACAAGAAAAGGUCUAGGGAGGAUACAGUACAGCACACAAGAAUUAAAAAAUGGUUACAGAAGUUAAGAGUUGAAGACAUUUUACUUAGAGGGCUCAAAUGGAGCAAGCUGCUUGAUCCCAACAAGAAAGGCCAGUGGUGGUUGUCUGGGGAUAUGGCUGCAAACAGAGAUAAUAUUGAAGAGGUUGCCAGCACAAUUGACAAAGAGGUUCUCGAAGCUCAGAAAAUGCUACAGCUUGCUGCUGCGCAGAGGAUGAACACAGAUGCCAGAAGGGCAAUCUUUUGCAUUAUAAUGAGUGGAGAGGACUACAUUGAUGCAUUUGAGAAGCUUCUGAGGUUGGAUUUGCCUGGGAAACAGGACAGGGAAAUCAUGCGGGUUCUUGUAGAGUGCUGUUUACAGGGAAAGGUGUUUAACAAGUAUUACACAGUUUUGGCUUCCAAGUUGUGUGAACAUGAUAAAAACCACAAGUUUACCUUACAGUAUUGCGUCUGGGAUCACUUUAAAGAGCUGGAUUCCAUGCAACUUUUAAGAUCAAUGCAUCUGGCAAAGUUUGUAGCAGAAAUGGUUGGCUCUUUCACCCUCUCUCUUGCAGUCCUGAAAACCGUAGACUUGAUUGAUCCCAAGAUUCUUACUCCAAAAAGGAUCAUGCAUUUUCGGAUGCUCUUCGAGACCAUCUUUAGCUACCCGGACAAGCUCAUAUGGAACGUAUUCACUCGUGUUGCUGCUACUCCUGAACUCGAAACUCUACGUAGUGGGGUUGAGUUUUUUGUCAGGGAGUAUGUUUUGAAAACUAACAAUGCCUUCUCUGGCAAAUUCAAGAUUGCAAAGAAAGCACUCACUAAUAUGGAAGGAGUGCUGAUGUGACUUUCAAUACACCAGGUCGUGGUUUCUUGCGACGCUGAAUUUUGUUCUAGACCCUGUAGUUUCCAAAUUUAUUUUGAAAUGUUUAAGUGGUACUUUGCUGUACAA